GAAACAGACCCCUGCCUGCAGGCUCCCAGCCUCCCAGCUCCUUCACUAUCCUCAGGGACCACUGGCAGCAAACCAGGCCUCAUGAAAACUUCAAAGGCAUCCCAGCGCUACAGAAGCAUCCGGAGAAACGCCAGUCAGUGCUACCUCUACCAGGACUCCCUGCUGCUUGGUAACUCGGAUGACAGCUUUAAUGCUGAUGAAACGGGGGACAGCAAUGAUCCGGAGCAAAUCUUCCAGAAUAUACAGUUCCAGAAAGAUCUCAUGGCCAACAUCCGUUGCAGACCCUGGACCAUGGGACAGAAGCUGCGAGCGCUGAGACGAGCAAAAGAGAUUGUGCUGAAGUUUGAAGGGAGGUUGACUAGGACGCGAGGCUACCAAGCAGCGGGAGCAGAGCUCUGGAGGAAAUUCGCCCGUUUGGCCUGCAACUUUGUGGUCAUCUUCAUCCCCUGGGAAAUGAGGAUAAAGAAAAUCGAGAGUCACUUCGGAUCUGGUGUAGCCUCCUACUUCAUCUUCCUGAGGUGGUUAUUCGGAAUUAACAUAGUGCUCACAGUGAUGACGGGUGCUUUCGUUGUCAUUCCCGAGUUGAUCGCAGGCCAGCCCUUUGGAAGCACAGCCAGCAAGAGCAUCCCCCAGGAGCAGGUCAUGUCUGCGCAGGAUUUGGACACUGUCUGGUCCCUGGGGGGCUACCUUCAGUACUCUGUCCUGUUCUACGGGUACUAUGGGAGAGAGAGGAGGAUUGGGAGAGCCGGCUACCGCCUGCCCUUGGCAUAUUUCCUGGUGGGGAUGGCAGUGUUUGCCUACAGCUUCAUCAUCCUCUUAAAAAAAAUGGCUAAGAACUCGCGCACCAGCCUGGCCAGUGCUUCCAAUGAAAAUUACACCUUCUGCUGGAGGGUAUUUUGUGCCUGGGAUUACCUCAUUGGGAACCCAGAGGCCGCAGAGAGCAAAACAGCCGCCAUUGUGAACAGCAUUAGGGAGGCCAUACUGGAAGAACAAGAAAAGAAAAAACACAAAAACAUGGCAGUGACUGUCUGCCUGAGAAUCAUCGCCAACAUCCUGGUGCUCCUCUCGCUGGCUGGGAGCAUCUAUCUCAUCUACUUUGUGGUGGACCGGUCCCAGAAGCUGGAACAGUCGAAGAAGGAGCUGACGCUUUGGGAAAAGAACGAGGUGAGUGUGGUGGUCUCCCUCGUCACCAUGCUAGCACCAUCUGCCUUUGACCUUAUUGCUGCCUUAGAGAUGUACCACCCCCGGACGACGCUGCGCUUCCAGUUAGCAAGGGUCCUGGUUCUGUAUCUAGGCAACCUCUACAGCUUGAUCAUUGCCCUUCUGGACAAAGUGAACAGUAUGAACAUUGAGGAAGCUGCUACCAAGAACAUCACAAGCCACUGGGCAGAUCCUUCCACCUUCUAUGCCACCAGAACGGUGCCUGAAGAAGGGCAGUGGCCCACACCCGGGGAAGGAGUGGAGCUCAGGAGAAACGCCAGCACGUGGGUCUUGGAAGAGACAAGCAUUCUGACUACCAUCAUGCCCCACACAAAGGCCAACAAGACGGUGCCCUAUGUGCCGAGCCCCCAAGGACAGUGCUGGGAGACAUAUGUUGGCCAGGAGAUGCUGAAGCUGUCGGUGAUUGACAUGCUCUUCACGGUGGCCAGCAUCCUCCUCAUCGACUUCUUCCGAGGACUUUUCGUGCGCUACCUAAGUGACUAUUGGUGUUGGGACCUGGAAAGCAAGUUUCCUGAAUACGGGGAAUUCAAGAUUGCGGAGAAUGUGCUGCACCUAGUCUACAAUCAAGGCAUGAUUUGGAUGGGGGCCUUCUUCUCUCCAUGUCUACCAGCCUUCAAUGUCCUCAAACUCAUCGGGCUGAUGUACCUGAGGAGCUGGGCAGUGUUGACCUGCAACGUCCCCCACCAGCAAGUGUUUCGAGCCUCCAGAUCCAACAACUUCUACCUGGCCAUGCUCCUGUUCAUGCUCUUCCUCUGCAUGCUGCCAACCAUCUUUGCCAUUGUCCACUACAAACCGUCUCUGAACUGUGGCCCCUUCAGCGGGCAAGAGAAGAUCUAUGACAUCGUGUCAGAGACAAUAGAGAAUGACUUCCCUGCAUGGUUUCACAUUGUGGUGGGACACAUCAGCAGCCCCGUGGUGAUCCUCCCAGCCGUACUGCUUCUGUUCAUGCUCAUCUACUACCUUCAGAGCAUCGCCAGGUCCCUGAAACUCAGCAGCCAGCAGCUCAGGAUGCAGAUCCAAAAUGCAAGAUCUGAAGAUAAGAAAAAGGUUGCCCAGAUGGUAGAGGCUCGAAUCCAGACUCAUGAAGAAAGCACCAAGAGGCUUCUAAAGGAAGGUGACCUCGUCAGCCAGCUGUCCUCAGCAUACUUGGCAACGCCCCAAAACAAUGGCACCAUGGUCAACUUUGACUCUCUGAGUAGCAAGAGCCUCAGGAUGGAGACGGUCACAAGGUCCCUGCCCCAGAGUCCUGGGCAAGGGUCCAGGGGCCCCUGCUCUCCUCUUCCAGGUGGAUCUAGAGCCAGGCCAGAGCAGGACGCCAGCAGGUGCCUGCAGGGGCCAUGUGCCAGCACAGGCAACCUCCACAAGAACAGAUCCUACACAUCCGUGACACAGACACAGCCCCUCAAGGAUGUCCGUUCAGAGCCUCUUUCCCGGAAAGACUUUCAGCCAAUCAGACCUCGUUUCUGUAGGCCUGGGGUCUCUGCCUUGAUGACACACGGCCACAGACCCCGUACUCCCAGAUACUAUGUUGUAAAUGAACGUGACUGUCACAGGAAGACCCACCCGACUUUCUGGCCAGAGAGACAUUUCAAGAUUGAUGCCUUAGGCGACAUUGUGGAACUGUACCCCAGGAACGUACAGCGGUACAUGUCCUGGGGCCCCCACCAGCCUUGCUCACCACAGCUGAGUGAAGAAGAGGAGGAGAUGCUGAGGGCAGAUUUGGUCCAAUGGCCCAUCCCCCACGGCUCCCUGACAGACCUUCCUCGGGCUUCUCGUUUUUACACUGGAGACAGACCAGAAAGUGACGUCAGAGACCCCGAGUACCAGCGAAGGUUGUACUACCGAUAUGGGGAUGAUAAUUUUGAGGGGCAGCUUGAAGGGCCCCCAUUUGUACACAAAAAGCCACGACCCAGGAAUGUCCAUUACCCACAGCAUCCUCUGACACCCAGAGUCAAAGCCAAGUUUGAACCAUCCUUGACAGAAUCUGAUUCUGUGUCAGCGGCCUCCAGCAGUGACCAGCAGAACAGCAACAAUGACCAAUACCUGCAGGUCAUGUCCAGCCAAGGCAGAUUCCCGAGGUCUGCCAGCCAACUGGGCAGGAGGAAGGCCAAGUCCAGGCAGGCACUGCCCACGGAUCUAAAUGACCUAAUUUGUUCAAAUGUCUAGGCUUCUUUCAAUGUCCCUUCCUAAAGACUGGGUCUCUUUGGGAAGUAUUGGGAGCACAGUCACACCCUUUCUGGAAGGGAGAACCUCUCUGGGGAUGUUAGAGAUCUGUGGAGCUUCUUUAGGCGCCGCUACUGUCUGAGGUUCUGAGACCCUGGGGCCGUCACUUCCUGUUCACAGCAAUGGUGUGUGAGUGGCCACUCCUGGUGCUUCCUAAUGGCUAGCACACAUCACCCCAUCGGGCUGUACUUUCAGGAAAACAUCAGGCCUUUGAUUCCAUUCAGGGUGGCUGGCCAUGCUCACCAGCAAGCCAGACAUCUCACCAGGACUGCGAAAACCAACCUUGACACUCUGUUCAUCUUCAGUGACCUGAGUGAGUGCUUUCUUUGGCCAUGUGUUCUUUCAAGUAUCGACACUCUAUAGUGAGCAAACUCAAGUGGCCACCCUUGACGUGGUCACGGCAUUUAGUUUAUGAGGACAAUCGGUUUAGUGGCGGCCAGUGCAGUGCACCGCAAGCGUCUUUAACUCUAUAUUUAGCUAAUCAGGAUAUGGAUCAGACAGGAGUCCAAAUUUACACCUGGGGCUCCCUGGUUCACUUCACUGAGGAGGAUGGGGAUUGAGACUCAGCAUCCGCAGCUGGAAGUAGGGCUCCAACAUCCAUCCCUGAGAGCGCCUGACUUCUCACCUCUUGACUCUCUGUGUUUGCUGACCUUGUUUUUGCCCACUGCCAACAGACUUCCUUUUGGUAGGAGGUGAAGAAUUCACAGCCAUGGAGAUGCCAAGGUUCUAGCCUUCACCCAACAAGCCCAAGGGAAAGAGCCAAGCUGAGGUUAUCUACUUCCCGUUGGGUCUGCCCUCAAGGAGUUGUUCCCUGGAUCCUCUGACUGACCUUGUGCAGGGCUUGGGAGCUGUGUGUGCCCGGACUCCUAUUCCCAUAUCUCCUUUUAGACACUCCGACUUCUAACAUUCCUGUCUCCUCAACUAUACUCCGAGUA